AUGAUAUUAACGGUUCCAGUAAAUUCGGUAAAUUCGAAUACUGCUGAAAACACGGAAGAAAUUAGUAACUUAACACUUUUGUUCAAUAAAUUUAUAAGUGUAUUAACAAAUUUAGUGAGUACAGUUACAAAUACGAAUAAUACAAGUAUAAGCCAGUGUUCAAGUUCUUGUUCCUGUGAUGAAAAUACAGCAACUGCAGAAGCAAUUAGUAACUCAACGGCACAAAAUGGCAAUAAUAUUGCGGCAGCAGACAGUUCAGCAAAUACGGCAGCAUCCACAUUAACUAGCGAUGCUAGCGAAUCUGUGAAUUCGCAAGCAACUGCUGGAGGAAAUUGUGAAGAUAGUUCGUGUGGACAGUCAACUGUGAUUACUACAACUGCAUGCCCAAUUGCAGCACCUUACCUAUCUGAUGAUAGCUCAAAUAAUAAUGGUUUGGGAUCCGUAACUUCAGAUACUACGAGUGUUGUACAAAGUGUUUCAACAUAUGGUUCCGAUUCAACGCUAGCAAUUUCAGCUACUGAUAAUUCAGCAAACAAUGGUUUGGGCUCAUCAACUUCAGAUACUACGAGUGUUGUACAAAGUGUUUCAACAUAUGGUUCAGAUUCGACGCUAGCAAUUUCAGCUGCUGAUAACUCAGCAAACAAUGGUUUGAGCUCAUCGACUGCAGAUACAACGAGCGUUGUCCAAACUGAUUCAACUUAUGGUUCUGAGUCAACAUUAGCAAUUGCAUCUGCUGACAAUACAGUAAACAAUGAUUUGGCUUCUACUUCUUCAGAUACCACAAGCAUCGUUCAAAGUGAUUCAACAUAUGGAUCAGAUUCAACGUUAGCAAUUGCAUCGGCAGAUAAUUCGGUAAACAAUGAUUUAGGAUCUACUUCUUCAGAUACUAUUAGCGUUGUACAAAAUGAUUCAACAUACGGUUCGGAUUCAACUUUAGCCAUCGCAUCUGCUGAUAAUUCAGUAAACAAUAAUUCGGGUCUGCCGACUUCAGAUGCUUCAAGUAUUGUCCCAAAUGUUGGAACUUGUAAUUCAGGCUUAACACCAGCAUAUUCAUCAUUAGAUAAUUCAGCAAGUAAUGGUUUGAGUUCUACAUCAUCAGAUACUACAAGCAUCGUGCAAACUGAUUCAACAUAUGGUUCAGAUUCGACGCUAGCAAUUGCAUCUGCUGACAAUUCAGUAAACAAUAAUUUGGGUUCUACUUCUUCAGAUAGUACAAGCAUCGUUCAAACUGAUUCAACUUAUGCCACAGAUUCAACUUUAGCGAUUGCAUCCGCUGACAAUUCAGUAAAUAAUAAUUUGGGUUCUACUUCUUCAGAUAGUACAAGCAUCGUUCAAACUGAUUCAACUUACGCCACAGAUUCAACUUUAGCGAUUGCAUCCGCUGACAAUUCAGUAAAUAAUAAUUUGGGUUCUACUUCUUCAGAUAGUACAAGCAUCGUUCAAACUGAUUCAACUUAUGCCACAGAUUCAACUUUAGCGAUUUCAUCCGCUGACAAUUCAGUAAAUAAUAAUUUGGGUUCUACUUCUUCAGAUAGUACAAGCAUCGUUCAAACUGAUUCAACUUAUGCCACGGAUUCAACUUUAGCGAUUGCAUCCGCUGACAAUUCAGUAAAUAAUAAUUUGGGUUCUACUUCUUCAGAUAGUACAAGUAUUGUUCAAACUGAUUCAACUUACGCCACAGAUUCAACUUUAGCGAUUGCAUCCGCUGACAAUUCAGUUAACAAUAAUUUAGGAUCUUCUUCUUCAGAUACUACAAGCAUUGUCCAAAAUGAAUCAACAUAUGGUUCGGAUUCAACGUUAGCAAUUGCAUCGGCAGAUAAUUCAGUAAACAAUGAUUUAGGAUCUACUUCUUCAGAUACUAUUAGCAUUGUCCAAAAUGAAUCCACAUAUGGUUCGGAUUCAACGUUAGCAAUUGCAUCGGCAGAUAAUUCAGUAAACAAUGCUUUAGGAUCUACUUCUUCAGAUACUACUAGCAUUGUCCAAAAUGAUUCAACAUACGGUUCGGAUUCAACUUUAGCCAUUGCAUCUGCUGAUAAUUCAAUAAGCAAUAAUUCGGGUCUUCCAACUUCAGAUGCUUCAGAUAUUGUCCCAAAUGUUGGAUCUUGUAAUUCAGGCUUAACACCAACAUAUUCAUUAGAUAAUUCAGCAAGUAAUGGUUUGAGUUCUACUUCAUCAGAUACUACAAGCAUCGUGCAAACUGAUUCAACAUAUGGUUCAGAUUCAACUUUAGCGGUUGCAUCUGCUGACAAUUCAGUAAUCAAUAAUUUAGGCUCUGCUUCUUCAGACACAAUAAGCAUCGUCCAAAACGAUUCAUCAUAUGGUUCAGAUUCGACGUUAGCAAUUGCAUCGGCUGGCAAUUCAGAAAGCAAUGAUUUAGGCUCUACUUCAUCAGAUACUACAAGUAUCGUCCAAAACGAUUCAUCUUAUAGGUCUGAUUCGACGCUUGCAAUUGCAGCAUCUGAUAAUUCGGUCAACAAUGGUUUGAGCUCGUCGACUUCAGAUACAACGAGUGUUGUCCAAACUGAUUCAACUUAUGGUUCUGAGUCAACAUUAGCAAUUGCAUCUGCUGACAAUUCAGUAAACAAUAAUUUGGGCUCUUCUUCUUCUGACACUACAAGCAUCGUUCAAAAUGAUUCAACAUAUGGUUCAGAUUCAACGCUAGCAAUUUCAGCUGCUGAUAAUUCAGUUAAUAAUGGUUUGGGCUCGUCAAAUUCAGAUACCAUAAGUAUUGUCCAAAAUGAGUCGACUUUUGGUUCUGAUUCGUCGUUAUCGAUUGCAGCAGCUAGCAAUUCAGUAAACAAUAAUAAUUUAGGCUCUGCUUCUUCUGACACUAUAAGCAUUGUUCAAAAUGAUUCAUCAUAUGGUUCAGAUUCAACAUCAGCAAUUACAUCGACCUCAGUAAACAACGAUUUGUCUCCAGCAACUAUUACCGAAGGUUCAAUAGCUUCUGAUCCUGUAAUCAUUUGUACCUGUCCACAAGCUACUAAUCCGGUAACAACCACCUCAAGUCCAUUAAUUUCAUACCCUCCACCAACGACUACUUCUUGCCCAGAAAUCUUAAAUCCAACAACAAUAAUUCCUAUUACAAUAUCUAAUAGCCCAACCACUUCCUGUCCAGCGCUUACGAAUCCAACUACCAUAAUUCCUAUCAUAGAAACGACUACCUCAAUAAUUGCUUGCCCAGAAGUUUCAACUUCUUAUAUUACCCCAACUACUCCCAGUCCAGUAGUUACUAAUCCAACAAUUAAUACUUGUUGUUCAGAAAAUAUUGAAUCAACAACAACUAUUGCACCUAUCAAUCCAACAACAUUGCUUUCAUUAUUAGAUAUCGUAGUUCCUACUACAACUCCUUGUCCAAUAUCCGUCCCAUAUCCAACAACAUCUUCUCCAACUUCCAAUUGUGGUACCUCUGCAUCAAAUUGUCAACCAACUAGCUGUCAAACAGACAAUAUUUCAACAGCUAUUCAAGUCGAAUCUGAUUCAAAUAUAAAUAUUGAAAAUUCGUCGGUCAAUUCAACAUCUUUAAGCAUAUCAAAUAUUACUACGAAUGAUGCAAGUGCUUCAAUUCAAGCAUCUGCUAAUAGUUCUGGAAAAAUUUACAUAAAUAGCAAUGGUAUUGUAUCAGCUGAAAGUAACGCAAUAAGUUCUGGAGCUGUCAAUGGGGUACAGGUAGCUUCUUCUCAAAGUCAAGCUACUGUUUAA